CAGCAGCAGCAGCAGCCGCCCUUGGCCCGCCCUGAGAGCGCAGGGGCCCGCCUUCCUCCUCCUCCUCCUCCGAGGGGGAGCCCAGAGCGAGAGCGAGAGCCCGAGCGGAGCUUGCCAGGCGCUUGGAGGCAGAGGAGCCGCUCCCGCCUCGGGCUCCAUCCUCCUCCUCCUCCUCCUCCUCGGUCCGACGAGGGCAGCCAUGCCCCAGACGGUGGUGCUGAGCGGGCCCUCGCCCUGGGGCUUCCGCCUGGUGGGCGGCAAGGACUUCAGCGCCCCGCUCACCAUCUCCCGGAUUAAUCCUGGAAGCAAAGCUGCUCUUGCCAACCUUUACCCAGGUGAUGUCAUUCUGGCAAUUAAUGGUGAGAGCACAGAAAACAUGACACAUUUAGAAGCACAAAACAAGAUCAAGGCUUGUCUGGAUCAGCUAACACUUUCUGUGAACAGGGCUGAAAACAAAGUUUGGUCCCCUAAUAUUUUAGAAGAUGGAAAGGCACAAGCGUAUCGGGUCAGUGUAGAACCAGAACCCCAGGAUAAUGGACCUGUUGUAAACAGGAGAACAGCAACCUUUUCACCUGGAGGAAGUCCAACAGACAACAGACAGUUAUCAAAUGUGCAGUAUAAUAAUCCUACACGGCUGUAUACAAACAACAAUGCAGAUCCCAGUUUACCUUCACAGUUGAGUAGCCUCCAUAUCACACCUCCUCAAAGUGCUGACCCUUUAAGGUCCCUACCAAGAAACAGAAAUGGAAUUGACAUGGACUCUGAUGUGUACAAAAUGCUGCAAGAUUAUGAAAGGCCACUUCCAGAACCUAAACAGUCAGGAUCCUUCCGAUAUCUGCAGGGCAUGUUGGAAGCUGGAGAGAACGGUGAAAAACAUGACAGACUGGCAAGUCCAAGACAUGUUAAAUCUCCAGUUUCUAAACUGGGUGGAGCUAUGUCUGGCUUACAGAUGCUCCCUGAGUGCACCAGAUGUGGCAAUGGAAUUGUUGGCACAAUAGUGAAGGCCCGUGACAAGCUCUACCAUCCAGAAUGUUUCAUGUGUGAUGACUGCGGCCUCAACCUGAAGCAAAGGGGCUACUUCUUCAUUGAAGAACAGCUGUAUUGUGAAACACAUGCCAAGGAAAGGGUUAAGCCACCAGAAGGAUAUGAUGUGGUAGCUGUUUAUCCCAAUGCUAAAGUUGAACUUGUCUAAAUAGAUUCUUGAAUUUCCCAGAGAGGUCAAAAGGUGGCACACCCACCCACAGGCAGAGUCUCUGUUUUAAAAGUAUGGCUGUAAUCAACUCUGAUUACUCAGGCCUCAGUAAAAUACCUUUUCAGAGAUAAAAUGGUUUACACUUGGAAUCACAAGGGGUUAGUGCUGAAAGCCUCUGAAAGGGAUUUUUUCCCCUUCCUUUUGACACUUUGCUUUUGGUUUGCUGUAUUUUUGUUAGGGUUUUUUAACCGCAGAUACUUUCUUUUGCAUCCCAGUCCAAAACCUCUGUAAAUAUGGUUUUUAAAACUUUAUUUUGUAUACAGCCAGUAUUCUUUUUUUCCUAUUUCAAGUUAUAAAAAAAGACUGUUGAAAGGUUCACAGGAAACAAAGCACUUUAAGAAAUGAAAUUGACAUUUUAAAGCAUUGCAUUUUCCCACUUUUCUUAGUAAUAUAGUGCCCCCAUAAAUAUUGCUUUGUGGCCUCCAGAACAUCGGGAUCAUGUUUAGUGAUAUUUUAAAUUUAUAGCUGAUAUAGCUAGCUAGUUAAACUUGGGGAAGUGGCUCCUAUGAUUAUAAAAAUUUUUGAAUGUGCUAUUUUUACAGUUCCUGAUUUUUUAUUACAUUUUUGUAUAGUACAUUAAGAAAAAUCCUACUUGCAGUUUCCAUAAACCACUAUAUCCUUCACCAAAUCAUCAUCAUCAUCAUUUUAUGAAGCAGUAGAUAAUAAGGUAUUAUUGGACAUCCUAUGAAUGCCCCCCACCCCCAGUUGAUAGUAAUGAGUAACUGGAAGAUCAUAACAGAAUAUAUUAUAUAUCCCUGGUCUUUCCUGUCAUGCAGUGCAAAUAUCAAGAGAUGUAAACUCAAAUGUUGCACAAAAACAUAAGCUUGGCAUGCUCAUGUAUGGGUGAUAAUUGUACAGCCCUUCAAAUGUUGUUGAAUUGCAACUCCCAGCAUUCUUCACCACUGGCUAUGCUGCCUAGGGUUGCUGGGAACUGCAGUCCAAGAACAUUUGGAGGGCUGAGCAAUUCCCAUCCCUAGUAUACUGUAAAUAUGUAAACCACUGAUGUUCUCUGAAUGUACAUGUAAACACACACACACAAUCAGAUAUAUCACAGAAUGCUAACAUUUGGAUUUCUCUCUCUUUUCUCUGAGAUAUCAUGACAUCUCUUGUUUUGAUACGUAAUCAUGUAAGUGCCUACACUUUUCCUUUGAAUAAAACGGUUUUAGACUCCA